UGAGCCCUAGAUCAACCCUCACGAUGCGAUUGCUGCUUUAUUUGUUCCGCUGCCUUGAGCCCGCGCCCCGAAUAGCCUGACGGACUGGGAGCGGGCAUGCCUCAAGAUCUCGAGUCGGCGACUGAGCGCACGGCGCUGCUUUAUCAUAUAGCUAAUAGCAGGAGAUUGAGCCAGCUGCAACUUGAACAAGACGAAGAUGCCAGGAGCAUUAUUUCGAGCGUGGUUACUAAGGACGAACAGAACUUAUCUGGAAGUACGGUUGGGGAAAGAUUGCCUUAUAAUGACUAUACGACGAUUGACUGGUUGCAUGAUCUUGUUAAGGAUUCAUACCGCUUCCGCUGCAUCCAAUCCUAUCACGGUGUCCGCUACAAUCUCCUCUCAAUGUUUGAGGCCAGUUCAGGCUGGAUAGCCGUCGUCAUUAUCGGGGCCUUAACUGCUUGCGUCGCAUUCGUGGUCGAUGUAGCCGAAGCUACGGUCUCAGAUUGGAAACUAGGAUACUGUACAAAGAACCCAUUCUUGAGCCGAGAAGCCUGUUGCGUGGAUAAGACACCUUUGCUUGGAGCCCUGUCUGAGCCAGCGGAAAAAUGCAAACAUUUCAAAUUGUGGACAGAGAGCUACGCUGGGAGCUUCGCCAUAUACGUUGCUAUGGCACUGGUAUUCGGCAUGAUCAGUUCGAUUGCAACUAUGCUUACGAAACGUUCUCUUCCCGCCGUGGCUCCCGAAAAUACUGAUAAAUCGAACAGAGCUGGUUCUUCUCCAGGCGAACAACCUGCCACUGGAAAAACAAUAUAUUUGGCGGCUGGAUCCGGUAUCCCUGAGAUCAAAACGAUCCUAUCUGGUUUCGUUAUCCCACACUAUCUUGACCCGGAAGUUCUAAUCGUCAAAGGAUUCGGUGCCAUCUUCGCCGUAGCUACAGGCCUGUGUCUUGGAAAAGAAGGUCCGUUCGUUCACAUAUCGACAUGUGUGGGUUACAUUGUCGGGAUGCGGUUCCCCAAGUAUCGAGAUAAUGGCCGGAAGAUGAGAGAAUUGCUAUCUGCAGCAUGUGCGUCGGGCCUCAGUGUUGCGUUCGGAGCGCCGAUUGGAGGCGUGCUCUUUAGCUACGAGGAGAUCAGCACGUAUUUCCCGAGGAAAGUGCUCUGGCGUGCUUUUCUGUGCUCACUAUUCGCGGCUAUUGUACUAAAGGCUUUUAAUCCUACUGGGACUGGUAAAUUAGUUCUUUUCGAAACGAACUACGGGACAAACUAUCAGCCAAUACACUACCUCGUAUUCGUCAUCCUAGGAGUUGCAGGAGGCAUCUUCGGCGGCCUGUUCUGCAAGCUCAAUUUCAUGUGGUCGAAAUGGUUUCGCUCCUUCCCUAUCAUCAAAAACGAUCCCGUGUUCGAAGUCUUCCUCGUCGUCCUUGCAACAACGUUGCUCCAAUUCCCUAACCCGCUGAUUCGAGAUCCUGGAGAUACUGUCAUCAAGAAUCUGCUCGUGGAUUGCAAAUCACUGGCCUCAUCGGACUCCUGGAUCUGCAAAAAUGAAGCCCAAAGCGGAGGGGUUGGAAAACCAAGCUCAGCGUUUGUGGGCUGGCUCAUCUAUGGCACGGUCGUCAAGCUUGUCCUUACGAUUGUUACUUUUGGAUGUAAAGUUCCCUCUGGAGUUAUCAUUCCAGCUCUUGAUGCAGGCGCUCUUUUUGGACGGCUUAUCGGCCAAAGCAUGACCUCCAUAUCCCCAGGAAUAUUUGCAAUGGUCGGUGCAGCAGCCUUCUUGGCUGGCGUCUCCCGCAUGACAAUUUCCCUUGCUGUUAUCAUGUUCGAGCUCACCGGACAACUCGAAUAUGUUGUCCCACACAUGAUAGCUAUACUUGUCGCUAAGUGGGUGGCCGAUGCAUUCUCAGAAGAAGGAGUCUAUGACCUCGCGCAAACCGUGCUGGGACAUCCAUUCCUAGACCCAGAUCAAGCAAUUUCCGUGGCGAGGAGACACAAUUUGCUUGUGGAGGCUCUCAUACCACCAAAGCAGACGAUGGACGAGAUUACGGUCCACGUGCCCCUAACAAACAAAGUCCGCGAGGGAAUUCUCAAGGAGAAGCUAGAGCAGCUCCGUGCAAGAGGGCUUAUGGACGCAGGACUUGUUCUUGUACAAGUCCAUCCGCAAUCUGAGAUACCAACAUUACAAGGGUACAUCUCACAAUCAGAGCUCGAAUUCGGUCUGACUAAAUUGCUGCCACAUUCUUCGUCGAGCUCACUGUCUUCCAAUCCACCUGACCGGUUUCAGAUCAGGCUACUGGGACAUAUGGUUGAAGAUGACGCAAGCCCCGAUACUCUGGAGGUGGAUUUAACGCCGUUUGUGGACCGAACGCCGUUGAGUAUAUGUGCAAAGGCGCCGCUCGAGUACGCCGUCGAGAUGUUUAGCAAAUUGGGCCUGAGGUACUUGUGCAUUACUGAAGAGGGGACGAGCGGACUAGUUGGGGUGGUUAUCAAGAAGAGAUUGGUGGGAUUCUUGGAGAAAUUGAAAGAGGAGAAAGAACGAUGA